GAAAUUAGUAGGGGAAACCCGUGUAAAACCGUAUACCGGGGUAAAACCGUAGACUGUCCAUAUGUCUGUCACUAAUUCAUAUUUUACCGCGCUUAAUGCGCUCGCUGUCGUCCGCCAAUAGGAGCUAUUCAUCAGCAAAGGCUAUAGACUGUAAGCACGCACUGCGUAAAAAUAUUCAAAAUAAUCGUUUUUUGGUGUGUUCAAUGUUAUUUUUUCGAUAAACUGAAGCAGUUUUAGUGGAUAAUACUUGUAAUGAGACACUGUCAAAAUGCCGCGCCGGUACAAAAGAACAACUAAUAGGCAAGAAUGGGAUGUAGAGGCAAUGAGAAAAGCCAUUAAAGCUAUAACUGACGGGACAAUGGGUUACUUAAAAGCCUCCCAAACUUUUAAUGUUCCUAAGUCUACGUUGCAGGACAGAGUGAACAAAUUUCGACGCAACAAUGACCUGUUUUCGUCAACACUCAAAGGUUUAGGAAGGUACAAACCUACUUUUUCGACUGCUCAAGAGGAAUUGCUGGUUGAACAUAUUUUAACCAUGGAAAGACGGUUGUUUGGUCUAACGUAUAAAGAUCUCCGACGUUUAGCGUUUCAGUUCGCAGAAGCAAAUGGUAUCGCCCAUAGCUUUAACACAACCACUAAACUAGCUGGAGAGGAUUGGUUAGCUGCAUUUAUGAAACGACAUUCGAAUUUAUCGUUGCGUGCGGCUGAGCCCACAUCUGUAGCAAGGGCAAUGGGAUUCAACAUGGUCAAUGUAAAUAAAUUUUUUGACUUACUAGAGGAUCUAGUAGAUAAAUAUAAAUUUUCGCCUACCAGAAUCUUUAACGUCGAUGAAACAGGUUUGACGACUGUUCCCAAACAAACAAGCCGAAUUAUAGCUUUAAAGGUAAGAAACAAGUCGGUCUUGCUAGCUCUGCAGAAAGGGGGCAACUAACCACAGCCGUUCUAUGCGUCUCGGCUUCUGGGAACUACAUUCCUCCAUUGUUGAUAUUUCCCCGCGUUCGCAUGAAGGCAGAGCUUCUGGACGGCGCUCCGCCGGGAACAGUCGCAGCUUGUCAUCCAAGUGGCUGGAUACAAAGCGAAAUUUUUGUCGAGUGGCUGAAUCACUUCAUAUCAACUGUAAAGCCUAAGAAAGAAGAUCCAGUCCUUCUUUUACUUGAUGGACACUCAACUCAUACCAAAAAUCUCCCUUUAAUUGAAAAAGCAAGAGAAAACGGAAUUGUUAUGCUAAGCUUCCCGCCACAUUGCACCCAUCGAUUACAGCCGUUAGACGUAAGUAUCAUGGGUCCAAUAAGCACAUAUUACACGCAAGAAGUAAACAUGUGGCUGAGAAAUAAUCCCGGGAGAAUAGUAACUCAAUUCCAGCUGGCGAGACUGUUUGGAUCAAGUUAUUGCAAAGCAGCUACCAUACAAAAUGCUGUUUCUGGUUAUGCUAAAACAGGCAUAUUUCCCACAAACAGAAACGUAUUCAGCGAAACUGAUUUUGCGGCGGCAGAAACAACGAAUAUCAAUGAAGAACUGGCUUCAAGUUUGCCGGUUGAAGACACUACACCAUCCCUUUCUGCUGAUUUACCUGUUAAUGUAACACCUGAACCAUCAAACAGCAGCAGCAUUGUAACAGAUAAAACGACACAUCAAAAGUUGAUUCUUUCAACCCCUACUCUCGCGAGCCCCAUCUCAUCAACCUCUGCAGCGAAUGUCGUUGGAGUUCCACCUUCCACACCAUCCACGCCUCCUGCACAGAAACGUGACGAUAUUGGUAUAAUAUCGCCAUCAGAUAUAAUGCCAGUUCCAAAAAUAAAAACCAUUACAAAGAGAGCAACCGACCGCCGCAGAGGAAAAACCGUCAUCCUGACUUCAUCUCCCUACAAAAAUGAAUUGAUGGACAUUAAAAACAAAAAAACGGUUAAAUUAAAUAUUGACAAACCGGACAGCACAAAAAAUCAAAAUCGCUUGACCCAGACACUUAGAACAAAAAAACAAAAAAAAGUCACUCCACCUGCAGCUAAAAAACCCAAAAAAAAAUCAUUGACGAUAAUACAUGUCUGUACUGCCUUGAAGAAUACGGUACAAGUCGCGUCAAUGAAGAUUGGGUGCAGUGUACAGUUUGCAAAAGAUGGGCUCAUGAUGGAUGUACCGGUUACGACACAGAAGAGUUAGUUAGUUUCAUAUGUAUGGCAUGCGUGGCUGAUAACUAGCUACCGGGUCAAUAUCGUAUACGGUAUACGGUUUUGUACAGGUGUCGGGUCAAAACCGGAUAAAGCAACGUUUUUGUUUUAUUAUGAAAAUUUCAUUUUCUGUUAAGGUUUUCCUAAUUUUGUUUGUGGCAUGAUUUUUCCACUUAAAUUAACUAAAUAAAAAAUUUUAUUUGAUAACUUGGUCUUUUGUAGUUUCUUCCCUAGAGCUUCUAAUCCUUAGGUAUACGGCCUUGCCCCGGUCUCC